AGCAUCCAAGCAACAAAAAAUGUAGUCAUUAUUAUUUUGUAAAAUUCGCAAAUAAAAUGGACUUAUCCAUAACAAAAACAAAAUCCUACUGAACUCAAUAUCUACUUCAACUUUCGUAAGGCAAUCCAACGGGUAACCACCAGAGCAAAGCAAUGGAGGGCGGGCGGCAGUCGCGCCUGCUCGGCCGACUGCUCGGCAAGCUGCGCGGCGAACAUCGGACAUCAUUGGAUAAAAACUUUUCUUUUAGUUCUUCGUGCAUGAGCGAGAGUGUAGGCUGCGGCAGCGGCACGGAAGACGAUGUAGAACCGACCUGCACUAAAGCCACUGUGUCCAAUUCGACGAUCGACUACACGCAGUUUGCCGCUAAUGUUGAUUUACGAUAUGGAGGACAAUAUUUGACACCUGAUCAAUUACCUGAGUUCUGCAACCAGUUGCAUCACCUCGUUGAAGUCAUCAGGAACAUACAGUCAUAUGCUAAGGUCACGGGCGAAUAUCCAAGCGAAUUAGAACGUCGUCUAGAACGCGAAGCUCGCGAAGUAGCGGCGCUCGCGAGCGAAGCGAGAAACGCGCGGGACGCGGCCGAGCGCGCUACGGUACAACGCGAGGCGUUGAGGUGCGAACGCGGACAGCUUGUCACGCAACUCGCUAGGAUGAGGGAUGUUGAAGUCCGUGAGCUGGAGAGCACGGUGCGUGUGUCGGACAGAAAGCUGUACAAGAGUUACGAAGCUGUGAAAGACACGACCGACCCAAGUGCAUUUGAACCUAUUUUAGAAGAAAUUAGGAACAAGCAAAACGCCCUUGAAGGUCUACAGCGGCUGAUAGAAAAUCGACGUAACUCGUUGUCGAAGAAGCCGUCACACGCUUUGCCACUGCCAGCCAGUAAUGAUGGCGGACCAAUAACUUCAACACGUAAGCGUCACGAGAGUCGGCGUUCGAACAAGAGAAGAAGGAAAGACAUAAUACGAGAACCACGCUCCGUCCCGCUCUCGGGGGAACCGAGCUCGCAUGAACCACAUCAGGUGACGCUAUACAUCCGCGGAGUGGGUGUCAACUCCCAAGCGUCGCGCAUGCGCGCGGGCAGCGCGGCCGCUGUCACUCUUGGCGCGCUUGACGUGCCCGCCAGAGGCAGCGUACAGGAUAUCAUGUAUUUUACGGCUCCCUGAUAUUAUUUGAGACUAAAAUUGUAGUUUUAAAUACUGUUUGAAAUAAACUGUGAUAAAUU